AUGAAGGUGUACGUUGUUUACAUGGGUUCACUUCCGUCUCGACCGGAUUACACACCAAUGUCGAAUCACUUAAGUAUUCUUCAAGAAGUCACUGGAGAAAGAAGUUAUAAGAGGAGUUUUAAUGGGUUCGCUGCCCGACUCACCGAGUCAGAACGAGAACAAGUAGCCGAAAUGGAGGGAGUUGUGUCGGUGUUCCGGAGCAAGAAGUUACAAAUCCAAACGACUGCGUCUUGGGCCUUCAUGGGGUUAAAGGAAGGAAAGAAUACAAAGCGAAACUUGGCGGUAGAGAGUGAUACUAUUGUCGGAGUCAUCGACACUGGUGUUUGGCCAGAAUCUGAGAGCUUCUCGGGCAAAGGAUUUGGUCCGCCUCCGAAGAAAUGGAAAGGUGUUUGUUCAGGCGGCAAAAACUUCACUUGCAACAACAAGUUGAUCGGAGCAAGAGACUACACAGGCGAAGGCACCAGGGACAGCGAAGGCCAUGGUUCACACACAGCGUCUACAGCUGCUGGAAACGCAGUUACGGGCACAAGCUUCUUCGGAAUAGGUAAUGGAACGGCGAGAGGCGGCGUUCCAGCUGCUAGAAUCGCUGCUUACAAAGUUUGCACCACUACAGGGUGUACCACAGAAUCUAUACUGUCUGCAUUCGAUGACGCAAUAGCAGAUGGUGUCGAUGUCAUUAGCAUAUCCAUUGGGGAUGACAAUGCCAUCCCGUACGAAAAGGACCCCAUUGCAAUCGGGGCUUUUCACGCUAUGGCCAAAGGGAUCCUUACUGUGAAUUCAGCCGGAAACAGCGGUCCCAAUCCAAACUCGGUCGUGAGCGUAGCGCCAUGGAUUUUAACCGUCGCAGCCAGCACAACCAACCGUGAGUUUCUCACCAAAGUUGUUCUCCAAAACGGCAGGACACUUUCCGGGAGGUCAGUGAAUGCUUUUGAUCUCAAGGGAAAGAAUUAUCCUCUUGUGGAGGGAACUCUUGGAUCUCAGGCCAAGGGAAAAGUAUUGGUGAGCAGAUAUCCAACUAUUUCGGAAACAGCUGUUGCAACCAUAAAUGUAGACUACAAAAACUACGCCUCCAUUAGCCCUCGUCCUCUAUCUGCUCUAUCACAAGAUGACUUUGCUUCUCUCCUCUCUUACGUUAACUCUACAAAGUCCCCACGAGGCACUGUUCUAAAAACUGAGGCAGUCUUUAAUCAGAAAUCUCCUAAAGUUGCUUCCUUCUCUUCUCGUGGUCCAAACACCCUUGCUGUUGAUCUUCUAAAGCCGGAUAUAACUGCACCAGGAGUUGAGAUUCUCGCUGCGUAUUCACCUUUGGGUUCACCAUCUUUAGGAGACCAGAGACAAGUGAAGUACUCUGUACUCUCUGGAACUUCAAUGUCUUGUCCACAUGUUGCUGGCGUGGCUGCGUACAUCAAGACUUUUCAUCCUGACUGGUCUCCAUCCUUGAUCCAAUCUGCCAUCAUGACAACCGCAUGGUCGAUGAAUGCUUCUGAAACUGGGGUUGCAUCAACCGAGUUCGCUUAUGGAGCUGGCCAUGUCGACCCAAUAGCAGCUCUAAAUCCUGGGCUUGGCUAUGAACUGAACAAAGCAGACCACAUCGCCUUUCUCUGCGGCUUGAACUACACUUCCAAAACCCUUAAACUCAUUACCGGUGAAGCUGUCACUUGCACUGGAAAUACCUUACCAAGAAACCUCAACUAUCCUUCAAUGUCGGCUAAACUUUCUGGAUCACGUAGCCCCUUCACCGUGACUUUCAACAGAACCGUUACCAACCUUGGCACCCCCAACUCUACAUACAAUUCAAAGAUUGUCUUAAAUCACGGGUCUAAGCUCAGUGUCAAGAUUUCACCUAAUGUCCUGUCUAUGAAGUCGGUGAAUGAAAAACUGGCUUUCACAGUGACUGUUACAGGCAGUGGUCUCGACCCAAAACUGCCUUCGUCUGCUAAUCUAGUCUGGUCUGAUGGCACACACAACGUGAGAAGCCCCAUUGUUAUUUAUACUAGUGGCUGAUGAGGCCACAUGCAUUUAACAUAUUUGAUCUUCUAUCAUCAUGAUUAUCACUACCGUUGCAAUAAAACCACCAUGUUGUUGUUAUUUGUCUUUUUUUUUUUCUGUUAAAAAAUGUUCCAUGUCUAGCCGUGUUGU